GUUAGCGUAUUAAUUGUGAAUGCUGCUGGCUUUACAGAAGCUGGGUCAUACGUUGCGUAAGAGAAGUGUCGGCAUCGAAACAGCACCUGAUAACGAGGAGAGCUCAGCGACAUCAUGUCCACGCGGACCAACUGGAGCAGUGGCUGGAGCACCAGGUGUUCCCGGUGUUCCCGGAGUUCCAGGAGUUCCUGGUGUCAAUGGUGCACGUGGGGAACCAGGACCAAAGGGCGCCACAGGAACAAAGGGCGAUAUGGGGUCUUAUGGUGCACCAGGUGUACCAGGGCAGAAAGGCGAAGCGGGUCUUCUGGGAAUCGACGGUUUAGACGGUGCCCCGGGAAAAGUUGGACCACCUGGCGAAAAAGGUGAUUCAGGGCAGAAGGGCGAAGUGGGUCUUCUGGGGAUCGACGGUUUAGACGGUGCCCCGGGAAAAGUUGGACCACCUGGCGAAAAAGGUGAUUCAGGCCGUAUCUCAAUACCUAGGGGUAAUUAUCUGUUGGUUCCCAGAGUCUGGCAGACAUACAGGGACAAACUAAUGAAGGCUAUUUACAUUGAAACCCAUUAA